AUGUCCUCCAUAGGCCCCCAGCUCCCUCCUCCAUCGCCCGCCUCGCGCAAGCGCAUGCCCGACCGCGACACCCCCUCCCCGCCCGCCAAGCACCCCCGUAGCCGGGGCCCUUCCUCCCCGCCCAACGACCAGGAAAUCCGCCUCUCCGACUCGGACCCCGACCCUGCCCCAACCGCGACCCCGUCCUCAGACCCGUCCUCCUCCUCCUCCGACGACGACUACGGCCCAGCCCUCCCGUCCUCCAGCAGCGCCGCCCCCCGGCCCACCGGCCCCUCCCUCCCGGCUGCGCAGCCCGCACCCCAGCGCGACACGUGGAUGCUCGCGCCGCCCCCCUCGACCGGCUACUCGGAGCGCGACCCGACCCGCCUGCGCGCCCGCAAGUUCGCCUCCCGGCCGUCCGCCCAGCAGCCCGGCGACCCCCCCUCCGCCAUGUGGACCGAGACGCCGCAGGAGAAGCUGCGGCGCCAGACGGACGCCCUCCUCGGGCGGGGCGACCCCUCGGCCAGCGCGGAUCCCGCGUCGUCAGAGCGCGACGCGCGGCGGAGGGAGCGCGACCGCCGCAUAGCCGAGUCGGUGGAGGCGGCGAGGGGCAAGAGCCUCUACGACGAGCAUCGCGAGAAGAGGAGGAGGGACGGCGGCGGCGUGGCGAGGGCGGCGGCCGACGAGGACGAUCCGAGCAAGCGGGCCUUUGAUCGGGAAAAGGACAUGGCUGUCGGGGGCAGGAUCGGCAGCAAGGCCCGGGAGGAGCUGGUCAGCAAGAGUGCGAAUUUCGGCGGCAGGUUCCACAAGGGGUCGUUUUUGUGA